AAUGAAUUUACUCUUGGGCACAUGUCUUGGAUUGCUGUUCAACUUUGUUGAUUUUAAUACAGGUGCUGAUAUGACUGCAGAAGAAAAGAAAGUCUUCCUUGGAGGGAGUGUGAGUUUGCUGUGUCUUAAUCUGUUGACACAGACAGACUGCAGUAAUGUUACAUGGCUGUCUAAUGAUGAUCCUGCCAUUGAGUUGGUCACCCUUGGUAAACGCAAUCCGGACAGCUCACAGAGAGAAGGCAGAGUGAGUCUGAUGUCUGACUGCUCUCUACACAUCAGUGAACUCAGAGCUGGAGAUAAUGGAUGCUACACCUGCCGUCAGUAUUCAGGUUUGCAUGGAAGCAAAAUUGAAGAGGAUGCCAGAAUUUGCUUGAUUAUUAAUAAAGCUGCUACUUCCAUGAACAAUAAUGACAGCACUGAUGACAGAGAAGACCUGUUAAUGAUAAUAAUCCCAUCAGUGCUCAUCGUCGGUGCUUUGUCAGUGACUGCACUCAUCAUUUGGCUGAGAUAUCACAGGAGAGCACAAAUGAGAACAUCAGUUGAAAAUCAGAACAUAUUGGAAUUUGAAACCAAAAUAACUGAACGUGAACACAAGAAUGGUGAAGAUGUGAACUACAUUGAAUUAAACUACAAUGUAAUGAAACCAAGGAAAAUGGACGUUGACAAAGUAGCGGACAUUGACCAAAAAACUGAAUAUGCUGUCAUAAAACUUUGCUGAUCGCUGUAAACAUGUUACGCUAAAUAAUUCCUCAGUUGUACAGCAUAAAAUAAGUUGAU